UUUCUCUGUCGAUACUGCUUCCUAUACAGGCGUGAGGACCAUUCUACGAAAAUCCCCAGUACGAGACAAACUCAAAAUCCGUAAAAAUACGUUUGUUACCUUCCAGAAAGCCAUCCCGACAGCAAUCCAAGCGAAACCGUGCAACGAAUCGAUUUUCUAAAGGCAGAUCAGCACUUCACUUCAGUUUUCGAAGCUGCCAGCUCAUGACUCAUUCUGUCAUUUAACCCAGUUUGGGUCCGUGUUAGCACAGUCAAGAUCAGUGAGACCUGACCUUCAUUUGCAUUCUACUGCCCUCGAUGCUCCAUGUUAACCACUUGGACGGAAAAGGAGAAGCAACUCCUCGCCCAUUGCAUCCUUCAACAUCCCGGAUGGACAGAUCAAUCGCUGUCGGAGGACAUUGGUAGCAAGAAUGUCGUAGAAGUUUCACUGUUUCUGGAAGAACUAAAGAAAACAGUUCCCCACCUGGUACACCCCAAAGAUGUGUCUCGAGAUGAAAUACGAAAGGAAUGUAAUGGCGACUGUGAAGUUCCUCUCAACCUUACUCCUGAACAAGAAAUGGAAUACCUGUCGUUUUUCAAUCUACCCGGGUUGUUGCGAAUAAGCCACGAUGUUUAUCUAAAGGAUCCAAACACAUCGAUGCAACGUUCCGCUGUCUUCAGUCUGUAUUUGUCACUCCGGACCUGGCUAACUCGUAUAAUCAGGACAUCAGUGGCACUGGCGGUUGAGAGGCGCCGGCAGGGUAUACAACUCUAUGGACAUAGGUCAUUGCAGAAAAAAGGGGAGAGCGCCCUAGAGAUUACAUCGAAGGAUGUUAUCAACGCUUUGACACUCCUGGAGCCAGGAUGUUUACCAGAAAGCGUAAACGAAGAGCUACCAGAGGGCCAAGGGUGCCUCGAUGCGGAUCAUGAUGCACAGCAGGCCAUUGUAUAAACAUUGUAUAAUUCACCAAAACUUUUCGAAAUACCAAAAAAGACUCGGAUUUAACCGUUAUA